ACCCAACAGAAGAAAAGACCAAACCAAAAGUACUACUAGUCACCAAACCCAAAACCUCUCUGUCUCAUUCCCCGCGCGCCUCCAUCAGAAGCCGCCUUCAGUUCCUGCAAGACUAAGGAAAAGAAACUAGUGUACCUCGUUUCAAUUCCUGGUUGCGCCAUGGAGGCUCUUCACCUCAGCCCGCUUCAGUCCCCUUUUCUCCCACAGAAACGAUUUGGAUCAUUCCAUGUAGGGACGCAAAAGGUUAGCACACGCCGUCUCAACACUCCGUUGUUCAUCACUGCCACACUGUCCCGACCAACAAGUGAGAUUUCUGCUGAACCCUCCUCCUCCUCCUCUGCGUCUAGCCGGCCUCAUCUCCAGACUCAAUCGUUGCCUCCCAAACGGGUAUCUACCAGUUCGUUACAGUAUGAGCCAGGUUUUCUUGGGGCAGUACCUGACCGUACAGUUGCAAGUGGAGACAAUGACAUUGUGGAUGCUCUGGGAUCCUUGACGAACAUAUUGUCGUCAAAAGUGUAUGAUGUGGCAAUCGAAUCACCUUUGGAGCUGGCAACCAAGCUAUCUGAGCGGUUGGGAGUGAACUUUUGGAUCAAAAGGGAAGAUCUGCAGCCGGUGUUUUCGUUCAAGAUUCGUGGAGCUUAUAAUAUGAUGGCUAAGAUUCCAAGGGAACAAUUGGACAGAGGGGUUAUAUGCUCGUCUGCUGGAAAUCAUGCACAGGGAGUUGCAAUGUCCGCCAAAAAAUUGGGUUGUGAUGCAGUCAUUGCAAUGCCUGUAACUACACCAGAAAUUAAGUGGCAAUCUGUUGAGAGAUUGGGAGCAACAGUUGUACUUAUAGGUGAUUCCUACGAUGAGGCUCAAGCAUAUGCUAAGAAGCGGGCUAAGGAGGAGGGACGGACCUUCAUACCACCCUUUGAUCACCCAGACAUUAUUAUGGGUCAGGGAACAGUUGGAAUGGAGGUUAUGCGUCAAAUGAAAGAGCCAUUGCAUGCAAUUUUUGUGCCCGUGGGGGGUGGUGGCCUAAUAGCUGGUAUUGCUGCAUAUGUUAAGAGGCUGUCUCCAGAGGUAAAGAUUAUUGGUGUGGAGCCGUCUGAUGCGAAUGGAAUGGCAUUAUCCUUGCAUCAUGGGGAGAGAAUAAUGUUGGACCAAGUUGGAGGUUUUGCAGAUGGUGUAGCAGUGAAAGAGGUGGGUGAAGAAACCUUUCGAAUAUGCAAGGAAUUGAUAGAUGGUGUAGUUCUUGUGAGUCGUGAUGCCAUCAGUGGUUCAAUAAAGGAUAUGUUUGAGGAGACAAGAAGCAUAUUAGAACCAGCAGGUGCUCUUGCUCUUGCUGGAGCUGAAGCAUACUGCAAGUAUUACGGUCUUAAAGGAGAAAAUGUUGUUGCAAUUGCCAGCGGGGCUAAUAUGAACUUUGAUAAACUUAGAGUGGUGACUGAACUUGCGAAUGUUGGUCGGCAACAAGAGGCUCUACUUGCAACAGUUAUGCCAGAGGUGCCUGGGAGCUUUAAACGUUACUGUGAGCUGGUCGGCCCAAUGAAUAUUACUGAAUUCAAAUACAGAUAUAGCUCUGAUAAAGAGGCUGUUGUACUGUACAGUGUUGGUGUGCACACAGUUUCUGAACUAGGAGCAAUGCAAGAGCGAUUGGAGUCUUCUGAACUCAGAACAUUCAAUCUCACGAAAAGUGACUUGGCUAAAGAUCACCUUCGUUACUUGAUGGGGGGCAGAACAGAUGUUGAAAAUGAGGUUCUUUGUCGCUUUGUCUUCCCAGAAAGACCUGGUGCUUUGAUGAAGUUCUUGGACACCAUUAGUCCACGUUGGAAUAUUAGUUUGUUCCACUACCGAGGACAGGGUGAAACUGGGGCAAAUGUUUUGGUUGGAAUCCAAGUUUCCAAGAGCGAGAUUGAUGAGUUCCAUUCUCGUGCCAGUUCACUUGGGUAUGACUAUGUAGUAGUGACCAAUGAUACUAUCUUCAAGCUGUUGAUGCAUUGAUAAGGACCAGCUGGUACAGAUCCUUGAGGUAGGGAAAUUGAGUCACACUUGCUAUGUUCUGUAUUUUGCUUUUCUUUUGGAAAUUAUCAUAUCUGCUUCCCCUAUGUUGAUGUUUUUUUCUCUCUUGAAGUUGAAGAGAAAUAUGUAGUCAAGGGGAAUGUAUGAAAUUUUCUUGUUUGUUCAUCAUCUGUAUCACAAUUGUAA